UUUCGGGAGACUUGUCACCUCCAGCCCCUGCAAGCCGAGCGAGCUGUCCCGGGCCAGUCCGGGCCGGGGGCUCGCAGCUCGUAAUAGGGAGUCCGGGCGACAGCCGCAACACCAGCAGUGCACAGACCUGCAGCGUUUCACUCGGGCUGAAAUGAAACAGAUAAGUGCUAAAGAAAACCCGGGGCAAAAUAAUUGGCUAUUCGUAUAGCCCGAUGCACACCAGCUGUAAUUAGUUCAGUCUAAGUUGCUAGCAUUUAACCAGGUGGUUACUGGGGUAGAAAAAAAAACAGUAAGCGUUACGUUCUUGCAAAGAACGGGUUCCCCCCCCUCUUAAUACACUUGAAGAACUGGCCCUUGACACCGAACCAGUGUAGAGGCUGGCUGGUCAGAACCACCGGCCGGUUUGAAGUCCAGCUCGGUUCCGAGCGCAGACGGGUCCCUGGGCGGGCCGGGUCAGGGAUGGAUUUUCGGGGCAAGAAGUACGAGAGGGGCAGCAACUGGUCGGACCCCGAGGUGGUGGAGCUGCUGCAGCUCUGGGCGGACGAGUCGGUCCAAAUGGAGCUGGAGAGCUGCCUCCGGAACCAGCAUGUUUUCAACCGCAUCGCCGAGGUGCUCCGGGACAAGGGCAUCCACCGCACCGGGGACCAGUGUCGGGAGAAGAUCAAGAAGAUGAAGCUGGAGUACCGGCGCAUCAAGGACAACCAGAAAACCGUGCGCGGGGGACGCACCUGGAAGUUUUACGAGGUGAUGGACCGGGUGCUGACCAACCGGCCGUCCAUCUCCUACGGCUCGCUGGGCGGCAGUGUGAUCGCCCAGCAGGUGCUGCAGGGCGUGCCCGGCGUGGAGAGCGGCUACCACCUGCACGCCUUCGCCCCGCCCCCGCCCGGCGCCUUCAUCUUUGGCCCCCCCCCGAAGGCCGGCGAGCUGAUGGAGAUCAAGUGCGAGGAGGUGGACUCCGACGACCCCUGCCUGACCCCGGACCCGCCGCCUGAGAUGCUGUAUCCGAUCGGCUCCGGGGACGAGCCGGAGGCGGACAGGCCGCUGGGGCUGGAGAGAGAGGGGUCGGUCGGGGGAGGGCGUGAGGACGGGCUCCUGGAGGCCAGCAUCUCCCCCUCAGGUAAUGCCGAACCCGGAGACCCGGGCCGCUGUCGUGGCCUCCCGGGGUGUCUCAGAAGUUACAAGGCAGGCUGUGCUCCGGGUCCGGCACCUCUCGGACGCGUCUCUCUGGUGCGACAGCAGGAAUGCAUCCACCAUGCAUGUGAGACAGUUUUUAAAGAAGCGUACUACACUUCAAAUAGAUGGUAUGCCGCCGGGGCCCCCGUGCCCGAGCCCGAGCCGGAGGGAAGCCCCCGCCCCCUCUGCGCCAGCCGCUACCUCUCCCGGCGCGGGAAUCGCAUCCGAGGCCACGACGGCAUCCUGCAGGAGGGCUACGCCCUGUACCACGCCGACAAGCACGACGAGGACGAGAACCCCCACGGUAUCAUUAACUUUGGUGUCAGUGAGAACAAGCUAUGCUUUGACCUGCUGUCCAAACGGCUCACCCAGUCGGACAUGUUUCAGAUCGAUGCCCCUCUGCUGCGCUAUCCCGACUGGAAAGGGCAUCCCUUCCUGCGGGAGGAGGUCGCCAGCUUCCUGUCCUGUUACUGCACGGCCCCCUCGCCUCUCAGUCCGGACAACGUGGUGGUGAUGAACGGCUGUGGGUCUCUGUUCUCCUGUCUUGCUGCAGUGUUGUGUGAUCAUGAAGAUGCCAUCCUCAUUCCGACGCCCUUCUACGGAGUGAUAACUGAAGACGUCAGGCUGUACAGCGGGGUCAGGAUGGUCCACGCCCAUCUCGACUGCCAGCCGAGGUACAGCGGAGACCGUCCCUUCCAGCUGACGGUGGAGAAGCUGGAGAAGGCCCUGGAGGAGGCCAGGCUGGAGGGUAUCAAUGUCAGAGCACUUAUCCUGGUCAACCCUCAUAAUCCCCUGGGAGACAUCUACUCUCCAAGUGAGAUGAAAGAAUUCCUUGAAUUUGCAAAGAGGCACGAGCUCCACAGCAUUGUUGAUGAAGUCUACAUGCUUUCAGUGUUUGACGACAGUGUCAGCUUUCACAGUGUUCUCAGUUUCAGCAAACUGCCAGACCCGCAGAGGACUCAUGUGCUGUGGGGGCUCAGUAAGGAUUUCUCCGCGUCCGGGAUCCGCGUGGGCACGCUGUACUCGGAGAACCGCGAGGUGGUGGAGGCUCUGGAGAAGCUGGCUAGUUUCCACGGUGUGCCGGGACCAACACAGCACCAGGUGGCCCGGCUCCUAAGCGACAGGGACUGGAUCGAUCGGGUCUAUCUGCAGGCCAAUCGGACUCGUUUGAAGACUGCCCACCAGUACAUAGUCAGUGAGCUGAAGGCCCUCAAUGUUCCCUUUCUCAACCGACCAGCAGGGCUCUACAUCUGGGUUGACUUCAGAAAGUACCUCAGAGAAGAGACGUUUGAGGAGGAGCUGACCCUCUGGCGUCAGUUUCUCAACAACAAGGUCCUGGUCAGCUGUGGGAAGGCUUUUCAUUGCAGCACGCCGGGCUGGUUCAGAAUUGUAUUCGCUGACAAGACGCAUCGGCUUCAGCUAGGAAUGCAGAGACUUAGGAGAACCCUGGAAGAACUGGACCAAGGGACCGUGCUGGAGGACAGCAAGGCGAAACCUGGCACUUCUGGGGGCAGGACGAAGCUAGCCCAGUCGGAGCUGAGAAAGAGGCAGUCCUGUCCGGGUUCUGAAGUCUCUCUGGGCCGUGAUGCUGACGACGACGUCCAGGUCUCGCUACAGUCGGGCCCCCCGGCCUCAGGGUUGGACAGCUUGAUCGGCGUCCUGUGGCAACAGAUCCGCACCUCGGACUGGCUGGAGAAGAACACCCCAGAGUCAUUUGCCCAGGAAAACCCCGAGGUGUUCGAAGUAUUCAGUAAGCUGGUAGAGAGACCCAAGGAGUGAUGGGAGAUCCGGUUCUUAGAUUCAGCAACUGCUACAAGAAACACUUUGGUUCUUGAAGUGAAACGCCUCAUUUUUCUCAUUUCAUGUCGCUGGUACAUACAGUAUAGUACAUGAAUCUGCACAACCUCUCCACAUAACAAUCAGCCUUACUGGCAUUUUGAAAUUAUAUUUGAUCAUUACUAAAAGAUCAACACUUGGGCAGCCCUCAAUUUCAAGAACUGUACUCUUACUCUGUUUAGGUAAAUGAAUAAAGAACAAUGAGAUUUUCAAAAGUCGUGCUUAAAGAAAAAAAGCUAGUAUUACCAUUAACUGUAUAUACAUAUUUUCUUAACACAGAACAUGACUGUGUUACAACCAUGAAUAAGAAGCAAAGGGAUUUGUUUCACUUGGUUGUUUUAGUGACUGUAAGUUAUCAGCAGGAGUCAGAGCUUUUCAGACUUCUGCUGUUUGCCAAUGAUAUUUUGAGGUAGGAGGAUCUGAAAAUUCCCUUUCUUUUCAAUUCGUUUUGAACUGACAUUUGAGAUUUCAGCUGUUACUGUUAAUAUAAGUCUUAUAUGUUCAUCUAUUUGCACUAAACUCUAAGUCCGUCUGAUUUUGCAGUAGAUUUCUUGACAUUUGACAGACAGAUUACAUUAUGAAUGUAGAAAGUUUCUAAUGAAAGAGGUAUUAUGGGUUUAAUUAAAGGUAUGGGAUGGAUUAAAAACACUGGGAUUCAGACAGGAAUUAUUAAGCAAUGCAAGCAAGAAGGGCUACUUCGACCCUACUAUCCUACUCUUCUGUCUAGAAAUGAUAUGUAUUUUUUUUCUUCAGUUACUCUUGCACUUUUUAAUAUUAGUAGUCACCAAACUGUCAAAUUCACAUUUUUUUUCCAUCUUUAAAUUUAUUUAAACUUGUGGGCAAAUUAGAAUUGUAAAUGUUCCGUCUGGUAUUUCGUGUAAAUUUAUGUAUUUAUGAUAAAAAAAUUUAAGCUUCCGAAUCACUAUAUCACAGGAAUGUAGGAUACACAGCAUACGUGACAGGGCUCAGUGGUGCUGGGCCUGUCACAGAUGGUAAUGUCAGCUCUUGGGGAGCUGGACAGCCCUGAAUUCUCCACAGCAGGAGAGGCAGUAUUGUGGUGUGUUGUGAUGUAGCGACUUGCUCUACUGCCUGUGGACUGUUGGUUCAGAAACUGGGGUGAAAAAUACAUUCAGAUAUUUUAAAGUUCUUAGAAUUGCUUUUUAAAUAAUGCCCUGCCAUAUUAAAGAAGCUAUAUAUUGUGAAGUUAUUACAAAAUCACAAUUGCCAUAACUUGUGAAUUAUUUCGUUGCGACAGUUGAUAUCAGAUGUCUCCUUUUUGUGUUUUGUGUGGUCCGUAAUAUAGCUAUUGAAAAGGACCUCGUGUUUCAGUGAAACUUUCAGUUUUACACAGAACUAUUUUAAGGAACCCACACCCCUCACACACACUUGAACCAGGGCCAGGGCAAGACAGGGUCUUUACCAAAGAUGAAUGAGGUCAUCGCGGACUGUUUUUCUCUCUGGGGUUGUAGCUGUUAGGGAAGUGAAACAGUGCAGCGAUACAGGGGAUUUUACAUGGUAAUACAGUUGUGUCAGAGAGAAGUGGAGGUUCAUUUUGACAUCCAUCAGUCUAAGUCUGGAAUGACUUGUUAGAAAAUCACAGCCUUCUGUGGUAAUGAGAAACCAGACCAUCUGAAGGACACGGCUCUAGAUAAUGAACUAUUCAAAAUAUUUUGAGACCGUGUUACUGGAGCCAGACAUUUAAAUUCUAGACUGUAAGCACUGACUUCAGCAAAUCCUUUUAAAUGAAGUAUAUAUCGAUAUAGUAUUCAUAAAGUGACAAAUGUGAUGAUUAUCAGCUUCUGGUGUAGGUUAGUUGCAGGUUAGCAACAAAUCCUAGUCCUGAUCAUACUGUAUCUCGUACAUAGCCUUAACAUACGUUAUGGAUUAAUAAUGUACAUAUCCGUAUAUGUACAUAUGAUAUAUAUUUUUAGAUUAAAAAAUUGAUGAAUAUAGAAAUGGGGGGGAUGGAAGUUAAAAAAAGACUUUUCGACAGUGAAGAAUUAACUGCCAAGAAUUAUUGACCAUCUGUUACAAAUGAAAACAACAUUGUUUAACUGGAACAUUGAACCUCUCUAAUUUAGGUGUGAGGGAUUUCACAUUUCAAAACGUGUUUCAAGGCAAGAUCAGUGCCUUGUAAUUUUCUCUUUUCUGCUUUGAUGCAUCUAGUUAUUUACUGUAGUAUUGGUUUCUUUCCUAAGUUGCCAACUAAAACAUAAGAAAGUUUUGGGACAUUCCCCAUAUCUAGCUCAUUUGGUUUGUAGUACUUUUUAAUAACUUUGUUUCAAGAUUUCAUCUAGCCUUUUUCCUGAAAGAUGUGAAGGUUUUAGCAUCAAGACAUGAUGGGUUUGAGGUUGGAAAGACUCUGGCAAACCCUUUGGCUGGAAAAGUGCCUCCUGUUCUCUGUUCCCCUAAGCUUCUGUUUGUGUCCUGUGAUUCGUGAUUCUGAUGUUUUCAUGUUUUUGUUGAGGCUGAAGAUAUCCACUGGCUUAUGUUUGUCAGUGUCUUUGAGGAUUUUUGAAUACUUGAAUUGGGUCUCCUUAUCGUCUUCCCUGUUCAGGCUUCAAAAGAUCUUGAACGUGUGCAUGUACAGCAUUCCUUUAAUUCUGUAAUGGUUCAUGUAAACAGGUUACAGAAAUCAAGAUAUUUUAACCUUAUAUCCCUUGAUUUAAAUUCUACAGUCCUUCUAGUGUAUCAGCACUUUUUGCCCUUUUUCACUGCUUCCCCACAAUAUCUCCAAGAUGAAACUCGUGUGUCAUCAUGAAACAAGGCAAAGCCCAGAGCACAGUGGCUCAUACAGGUUACUAGAGUUUAAAUGGACGGGGAACACAUGACCCCACCCCCUUGGGGGGUUAGGAGACUGGUGGGUCUCACAACUCCCCACCCACCAGUUAUGGCCCAGUUCUCUUCUUGUGCCACCCCCCCAACAUAAACCACCUACAGUAGGGCAUUUUCACAGGCGUCUCAGUGUUUCUUAUUUGUGCGUUUAUAGUUUAUACUGUAUUUUUGAUAAUAACAUGUAACAUCCUGUUGUUAACUACAAUAAAUGUCAUCUGCCCAGUGUC